AUGUCGUAUUAUCAGAAUCGAGGAGGAUAUCGCCCGCGUGGUCGGGGAGGCUACCGUGGUCGAGGGCAAUGGCGAGGAAACUGGCGAGGAGGUCACGGCCCAAGAGGGCCCAUGGGAGCUCCAAGACCGCCCAUGCCACAACAGUUUGUUCCACAUGUACCGUUUGAUUUCGUCAUUUGUGAAAAGUCUUUCCCAAGAAUCCGCCCAGAUUUGGACGAAGACGAUAUUUUUAAAGCACUGGAGGAGCGGGAUUACAUGAUCCGACCGGAUGAAAAUGACUAUCUGGCGCUGAAAGAGCUUCAUGAUAAAAUUGUAGCGGGAAUCGCUGCUGUUCAGCAAACGAACGCGCCGAGUGACUUCAUGACUGGAGAUAUGGACCAGCCAGAGAACUUUCAAAUCCUGGAAUUCCACACAAUCGGUUCUUACACGCGUAACUGUCUUCUCAAAAACAACAAAAGGGUUGACCUUGCCAUGAUCAUUUCCACCCUACCAACACACGAAACAAUCGGACAAGUGAGUCGUAAAGUGAUGAAUAAGAUGAAGGAAACAGACCCGAGUUGCAGCGAGUAUUUAUUGAACAGUACUGAUUACGGAUUCGAUAUUACGAAGAAGGAAACGACUACUGUCGCAGUUUGGCUGACGAUUCCGUUUGAAAGGCUUCCAGAGCUAUGUCCAGGAACUCACAUCUCCCCUGAAUUCUGUCAGCUCGCUCAAAGAGCCAUCAAGCACACUCAAUGGUACUCCUCCACCAUCCAAGUCGUUCCUCCUAACGAGUCUCAGGCUCCUCUUUUGACUCGUAUUUUCCGCGACUUGCGUCAACGAUUCCCUGGCUUCAGCUCACUGAAUGUCUGGGUCGCCGAUCUGCUCGUCGCGCACUGUAUAAUGAACAACCCGAAGCAAGAGGAAACUGGCCGCUUAUCGCCUCAAAAGGUCAUGCGUCGACUUCUACAACUUCUCGCUUCUGGAAUCUUCCUACCGCACUCUGUCGGUCUAACUGAUCCUACUGAGGCCGGAUACCGCGUCCACCAGGACUGGUCGCCAAACGACAUGGACAUGGUCUGCACGACGGCUCAAACGCUCCUCCGAGUCUGGUGCAAUGGCGGCCACAGGGCUGUUCUUGGCCUAGAAAAUACUUCCAAUUUAGACUCACAAAUCUCAAUCUGGAAUGACAUCGUUGUAACUCCGUCUGAAUGUGUCCUCAAGCAAGAAUAA